UGGCGGAAUCUGUCAGAAAAUGAUUUUUUCGCCCGUAGACUUCUGUAGUGAAAAAUAAUAUAUAUUCUGCAUCUUUCUCGGGAAGUGGCCGCCUCUUGGGGCAUCUAGUUGUUCUCUGUUGGGCUGGUACAGGUGAGAGGUUGGCUCCGGUGUACAUGAACAGAAGGCUGAUGAAGAUUGGGUGGCGGAGUACUGUUUCCUGUGGCUGACCAGUGAAGAGGCCUGUAGCUGAUUGUGUUUCCUGCCGCUGAAUAGUUUGGAACUAUUAACUCCGCCCCUUUGUAGCUCCAGCCUUUCUACACAUUAGAGCCCUGCUCUCAAAACACACAUACACCCCCCCCCCCCCUCACACACAUACUUGGCUCACUGGUUCCGCCUUCCUCUCCUUGGCUUAUAUUUUCAACCUCCACGGUGGAUUCUCACAGGACCGUCCUGUAAACAAUGACAUCGCAUAGUCCCCAAGAUGGACCGCUGGGUAAGGAGCAGCCGCUGGAUGUCCUGAAGACGUCUGCCCUCAACCACAUCCCGGCAGUGGACAUCAACUCUGCGCUGCCCCUCCGUCUGCCCCCGGCUGCCAUCCCCAUGGACCUCCGCAUCGACCAGCAGAAGCAGCAGCUGUCCAUGUCCCCAUCCCCGGCCCAGUCCCAUGCCUCGGCGGCCCAGGCCCGGGAGCAGCAGCUACAGCAGGAGCUCCUGACCUUGAAGCACAAGCAGCAGAUCCAAAGGCAACUCCUCAUCGCUGAGUUCCAGAGGCAACAGGAGCAGCUCAACCGCCAACACGAGGCCCAGCUGCAGGAGCAUGUUAAGCAUCAGCAGGAGCUACUCGCCCUGAAGCAUCAGCAGGAGCUGUUGGAGCACCAGAGGAAGAUGGAGAAUCACCGUCUGGAGCAGGAGAUGGAGAAACAACAGCGGGAACAGAAACUACUACUGCUGAAGAACAAGGAGAGGGGACAGGAGAGUGCGGUGGCCAGUACGGAGGUCAAGAUGCGCCUGCAGGAGUUUGUCCUGAACAAGAAGAAGGCCCUGGCCCAGAGAAGUCUCAACCACGGCGGGUUACCCAACGACCCGCGCUACUGGUACGGGAAAACUCAGCACAGUUCCCUGGACCAGAGCUCACCUCCGCAGACCGGCAUGGGAGUCUACAACCACCCGGUCCUGGGAAUCUACAAUGCCAGGGAUGACUUUCCCCUCCGCAAGACUGCCUCGGAGCCCAACCUGAAGCUGCGUUCUCGCCUGAAGCAGAAGGUGAGCGAGCGACGGAGCAGCCCUCUGCUGAGGCGCCGGGACAGCCCUAUCACGACGGCCAAGAAGCGCUCACUGGACAUGGCCGAUUCCGCUUGUAACAGCGCUCCUGGAUCCGGUCCCAGCUCCCCGAACAACAGCAGCAUCAGCAACAUCCCCAGCGAGAACGGGAUGACCGUGGCGGUCUCCAACAGCGUCGAGGUGUCCCUGGCCCAGCGCCUGUGUGGCGGCGAACUCAGCCAGCUGUCGCUGUACACCUCACCCUCCCUUCCCAACAUCACCCUUGGGCUGCCUGCUACCGCCACGGGAACAGCUGCUUCCAACGUGACGUCAGUCCAGCCGGACGGAGGACAACACCCGGGCCUCUCCCUCAGCCCUCCCUUCCUGGGCGGGGCCCACCUGGCCUCCUACCUGGCCGACGGAGGGGGCGUGGGCGGGCACAGCCCUUUGCUGCAGCACAUGGUCCUGCUAGACCAGACUGGCACACAUGGACCCCUAUUGGCUGGUGUGGACGGCCUCCAGUCCCUCCAGUCGCCCUCCAUCCACAAGCUGCGCGGGCAGCACCGUCCCCUGGGUCGGACCCAGUCGGCACCCCUGCCCCAGCAGAACGCCCAGGCCCUGCAGCAGCUGGUGGUCCAGCAGCAACACCAGCAGUUCUUGGAGAAACACAAGCAGCAGUUCCAGCAGCAGCAGCUCCACAUCAACAAGAUGAUGGGCAAGCCCAGUGAGCCAACCGGCGGACGCCAGCACCAGAGUCACCCAGAAGAGACGGAGGAGGAGCUCAGGGAGCACCAGGCCCUCUCUCCCCAGGACGGAGGCCUCCCGUGUGGGAUCAGCAUCAAACAAGAGCCCCCAGACCUUCAGGAGGACCAAGAGGAGGACAUGCAGCAGGAACUGCUUUUCAGACAGCAGCAGGCCAUACUUCUGGAGCAGCAGAGGAUCCACCAGCUGAGAAACUACCAGGCCUCCAUAGAGGCAGCUGGUCUGUCAAUCAGCUUCCCUGGCCACCGCCCCCUCUCCAGGGCCCAGUCAUCUCCGGCCUCCGCUUCCUCCUUCCCCAUCUCCGUCCCGCCCCCCGAGCCUCAAGCCAAACCACGCUUCACCACAGGGCUGGUGUAUGACUCCCUGAUGCAGAAGCACCAGUGCAUGUGCGGGAACACACACAUCCACCCAGAACACGCCGGGCGCAUCCAGAGCAUCUGGUCCAGACUGCAGGAGACCGGCCUGAGGGGACAGUGUGAGUGUAUCCGUGGCAGGAAGGCCACUCUGGAGGAGCUCCAGACAGUCCACUCUGAAGCCCAUGUCCUGUUGUAUGGUACCAACCCCCUCCGUCAGAAGCUGGACUGCUCCGUCACGCCCAUGUUUGUCAGGCUUCCGUGUGGAGGGGUCGGGGUGGACAGUGACACCAUAUGGAAUGAGGUCCACUCCUCCAGUGCAGCGCGUCUGGCUGUAGGAUCUGUGGUGGAGCUGGUCUUCAAAGUGGCCACGGGAGAGCUGAAGAACGGCUUUGCUGUGGUCCGACCCCCUGGACACCAUGCAGAGGAGAGCACUCCCAUGGGGUUCUGCUACUUCAACUCAGUAGCUAUCGCAGCCCGACUACUCCAACAGAGACUAAACGUCAACAAGAUCCUUAUAGUGGACUGGGAUGUUCACCACGGUAACGGCACCCAGCAGGCGUUCUACGACGACCCGAAUGUGCUGUACCUCUCUCUGCAUCGCUAUGACGACGGAAACUUCUUCCCCGGCAGCGGAGCACCCGAUGAGGUGGGCAGUGGUCCGGGCGUAGGGUUCAAUGUUAACAUGGCUUUCACCGGGGGUCUGGAGCCCUCUAUGGGAGACGCAGAGUACUUGGCAGCCUUCAGGUCUGUAGUGAUCCCCAUAGCCAACGAGUUUUCCCCCGACGUGGUGUUGGUCUCCUCCGGCUUCGAUGCCGUCGAGGGACAUCCUCCUCCCCUAGGCGGCUACAACCUCUCCGCCAAAUGUUUCGGGUACCUGACGCGUCAGCUGAUGACCCUGGCCGAGGGUCGCGUGGUCCUGGCGUUGGAGGGCGGCCACGACCUCACGGCCAUCUGUGAUGCCUCAGAGGCCUGCGUCUCUGCUCUGCUGGGCAACCCGCUGGAGCCUCUCUCCCAGGCCACUCUGGAGCAGAGACCCAACCAGAACGCCGUUUGCUCCAUAGAGAAGGUCAUCGAAACACACAGUAAGUACUGGCGCUCCCUGCAGCGCGGCUCCCCAAGGCUGGGCCUGUCUGUGUUGGAGGCCCAGAGGGGUGACUCCGAGGAGGCCGAGACAGUGAGCGCCAUGGCCUCCCUCUCUGUUGCCAACAAACAGAGCAGGUCAGAGGAGGAACCCAUGGAGGAGGAGGCGCCGUUGUAGGAGGGGAAGCGUUAGGGCGUCGCAACGUGACCGUCGGCCUCUGCGGCUCGGGAGACUUCCUUCUGGAGAUUCUCAACUGUCCCUUUCGUUUAGUCCCCGCCCCCCCACAAUCAGCGCCAAUCACCUUGAUUGGCAGCUCCUCUGCCAAAGAGGGAGAGGGGUUGGCUCGGCCUCAGAGUAGGGAGUCAAUGGGGAUACAAUGCGGAGGACUGAAUUGACGGAGCGCUGCAGCCAGGCUGCUCAGCGUGGUCAGCUUACCGUGACUCUAACGAGACGUUUGUUUCUGCCGGUCAGACUAGGGCUGCCCUGGAAGGGGUAACCUAGCACCGAGGCAGGGCGUGGGUACUCAGAGUGGAGGUGGAAGACGGUCGUCUUGUUGCGGAAGAAACGCUCCCACAGGUCGAAGUUCUGGCGCUUUACAGAACAGCCCUGUGGCCAAAUACGGAGGCAAAGGACAGGGCAGGUUCGGCUGUCACACUCAGCUUGGACUUUUCUUUUCUCUCCUGCUUUUUUCCCCGUAAAUGGAGGAUAUGGUACUGAUGGAGGGAAGAUGACGUCAACUAAUGAGAGAAGGCGACAGGAAGGCCCCAUUUUGGACAGUCAUUUGCCGAAAGAGCCAGGAGACGUGACUGUGAUUGGCCAUAGAGCAAGCAGCCUUUUUGUUAUUGGGUUAUAAGGCUAUUGGCUCGUUGCCUUAUUGGUCCAGCCGAUAGUUCUGUGAUGGAGGGUCCACCAAUGAGAGAGUGCCUUUGUGAAGCUGAUGGAUUUCAGGAUUGUCUCAGAAAUGAAGAUUGCCUUAAAUGAUGUUUUUGAUCAGGGGAGAGGAAGAGGGAGUCGUUUUCCUGUCUGAAAGAAGACAGGGUGGAGGAAAGAAUUCUUUCAGCAUGUUUACCAGGAUUGUGACGUAGACAACGUUUGUGUCUCCCACAACCUCUUUUAAGAGUUAUUAUACUUUUGGAUGGAUAUAUUUUUCUGUAAAAAGGCUUCAAAAGGUAGUUGCCAGCAAACAUUUUAGAUGUUCAGAACUUCCAGUUGAAUCAUAAAGCACUGUUGAAGGUUAGCAUUUAGCCUUAUGUAGCUUCCCUUUAACACAACAAAUCGCUAUGUGAACUUUUAAUUUUUUACUAUCAUUAAAAAAAAGCAUGAAAGAACUGUCGUUUGCAAGGUUAGGUGAUCCAAAAAGUAGACAAGUGAAACAAAACAAAAAAAAAGCCAAAGCAUGAGUUUGCAUCUAGCUCCUUUGUACCACUAGUAACUUGCCUACACAGUAUCGCAAAUUGCCCAAUCACAAGGCUUCUGAUACCAAGUACACUGUCCGAGAGGUUACUCUGAACUUUUUCUCAAUUAUUGAAUUCCAAUUAUUGUUUUGCCAAGUGGCAACUACCUUAGUUACUGUUGUGAUAUAAACAUCAUGUCAUGAAUACUGAAUACUGAACAUAUUGCAAAGGCAAUACAACCAUGUUCAUUUGCCAUCUUUGAAACUAUAAUUUCCACAUCAAGCUACUCGAUUGUCUAUACCAUCAACUUUUUCCUCUUGGUUUUCUUAAUAAGUGAUCUCAAGUGUGCGAGCACUUCCAUUUUUGUCGAAGUUCUCUGGUUUGUAACAUACUUUUUAUUAUUGUGGUGUGUUGGUCAUUUUGUGUUGUUCUCUGUACAGCCGUGCCACUUGCUCAGUAUGUAUUUGACACUUUCUGUGGGGGUCCUCAUCACACGUUGGGAUGGAGAUCAGUGAAUGGCCUUUCUUAUUACCGUGAUUCCAGCGACUCUCUAUUUAGUUACAUAUCCUGUUUAUAGAAGAGUUCUAUAUGACAAAAAAUAGAAAUAUAUUAUAUACAUAGCCUACACGAGCUAUGACUUUGUGAAAGACAAUAGUUAUGUCAAGGUUUUAUUACCCCAGGAAGUAAAAAAAUAAAUAAAAAAAA